ACCUUGUAUCCAGUUGUAUGUCGGUUAUUCCGGGUUUGGGACACAGACACAACAGGUCGGCAUUUCGGCAAUAUCGAUUUAAUAUUCCACGAUUAAUAUUGCUCCUUUCUACUUCUACAUAUAAAUCCUCUACUUUAUUCUCGUCAUCAUGUCGCAGGUCAUCCCUGUCGAGGGGGAUAAACAAGGAUAUGAAAACUCAGCAUACGAGCUUUCUGAAGUAAAUGGUCAAGAGGCCGGGGUACGUCAUUCUGGUGGAAUGACAUAUACUUGGAGUGACAUCAAUGUAUAUGCCAACAAGAAAAGUGACAGCAAACUUCCAAAUUGUUUCAAUAAGAAGGGAAACGUUGAGCAGAAACAUAUUCUCAAAAAUGUUACCGGAAUUGCUAGACCUGGGGAGCUGCUCGCAAUAAUGGGAGCAAGUGGUGCAGGGAAAACAACACUCCUGAACGUUCUAACCUGUCGAAAUACUGGAAAAUUGAACUUAUCUGGAGAACGGCUUAUUAAUGGGACGCCUGUUGACAGAACAAUGCUUGCCUCGAUUUCUGCGUAUAUUCAACAGUCAGAUAUUUUUAUUGGAACGCUCACGCCUCGAGAGCAUUUGCAAUUUCAAGCAACGCUUCGAAUGGAUCAGGCAAUUCCAUAUAAAAAACGAAUGGAAAGAGUGGAGGAAGUUAUCAGACAAAUGGGCUUAACUGGAUGCGCUGAUACGAUUAUCGGAAUCCCAGGGCGAGUGAAAGGUCUUUCCGGUGGACAGCAAAAACGCUUGUCAAUCGCCACAGAAAUUCUCACAAAUCCUGGAAUUUUGUUUGCUGACGAACCAACGACAGGUCUCGAUUCCUUCAUGGCACAAUCCAUUGUCAAAUCACUAAAGACCUUGGCCGCUCAAGGGAAAACUAUCAUUUGUACAAUUCAUCAACCCGCAUCGGAAGUUUUUGCACUUUUUGAUCGACUCUUACUUAUGUCUGAAGGUCGUACGGCGUUCAUUGGAGAUUGUGCAGAUUCCUUAACUUUCUUUUCAAAUGAGGGUUACGCUUGUCCGAUGAACUACAAUCCAGCGGAUUAUUUUAUUUUCACAUUAGCAAUACGACCUGGAAAUGAAGAAGCUUGUUUAAAGAGAUCAGGAAAUAUUUGCAAUGAUUUUGUUAAUACACAGACUGCUCACGAUUUGAAUAACUUGGUUCAACUAAACAGUGCCAGUGACUCUACACGAAAUAAAUUGGUAACAACAUCACCAUACAAAGCUUCUUGGUGGACCCAGUUCAAGGCGUGUCUUUGGAGAUCAGGAAAAACGGUCUUGAAUGAUCCACUGGUACUUAAAGUGCAGCUAGCCCAAUCCGUGUUUCUUUCCGUGAUAAUGGGGAUUGUUUUUUUGGACCAAGAACUGGAUCAAGAAGGCAUACAAAACAUCAACGGUUUCAUUUUCAUGAUGUUGGCAAACCUUACAUUUUCAAGCGUCUUUCCCGUCGCCAAUGUAUUUUGGAACGAAUUGCCAGUAUUUAUGCGAGAGCAUUACAACGGAACUUACCGAACGGACGCCUACUAUUUAGCUAAAACAACGGCAGAAUUACCGCUCUAUAUUUUCCUCCCUGCUAUAUUUUUAUCCAUUGGAUAUUGGAUGGUUGGAAUGAACCCUAGUGCAGAUCGUUUUCUGAUCGCGAUCGCCAUUGCAAUCUUGAUCACAAAUGUGUCUUCCUCUUAUGGGUACAUGGUUUCCACUGUAUCCUCAUCUCUAGAAAUGGCACUUGCAUUAGCUCCAGUUUUCAUAAUGCCGUUCAUGAUUUUUGGGGGUAGCUUCCUAAACAAAGACUCGAUCCCUUCUUAUUUCAUUUGGUUGAAGUACUUGUCUUGGUUUCUUCAUGGGAAUGAAGCAUUCUCUGUAAAUCAAUGGAAAGGAGUCGAAAACAUUACUUGCAGUAACGUUGGAGGGUGCAUUGAUUCUGGGGAAGGUGUUCUGCAAAUGCUGAGUUUUAAAGAGGACAACUUUGGGAUUGCUCUUGGAUCGCUAGGCGGUCUAAUUUUCGUUGUCCGGAUUUUGUCUUAUGUAGGGCUUUGGGCAAAGACCAGGACCGAGGACUAGUGAAAAAUAAUUUUGUGACAUGGUGAUGCAAUUUUUUUUAAUAUGUCAAACUUUGUAAAAACUAGUUAGGAUGCCGUUGUCCCAUGAAUAGCAUAAAUCCGAAUAAAUUUGAUAAUGAUUAUGAAAAUUAGUAAACGCUGUUCAAAAAACAA